UCUCAGAACUGCACACGCAAGUCUCCACGCGUUUUCGUGAUUAUGAGUGCAUAAAGUAUUUAUUGCGAUCGUUUAGUUUCGAGUUGUUAUCAUGCGGAAAGUCUGCUAAUACCUUAGCCAAUUCCCGAUCGAUUUUUUCUAAUAUUUCGUUAAGAAGAAAAGCGUCGAGAGUUGCCUAGCGAUGUUGCCGAGUCGUCCAAGAUUCAUGGAGCUGUCCUCGAGGAAAACGUCGAAGCGAGCAAUAGAGCCUGUUGAUGAGUGGCUGCAAAACGAAGGAUAUUACAGGAAACAUGCACCAAAAGAUCCUACAUGUCUCUUUCGAGCAGUCAGUGAACAAGUGUAUCAUAGCCAAAGGAAUCACAUAACUGUAAGAAAUGAAUGCAUUGAAUUUAUGAAGAAAAACAGACAUAUGUUUGAGGAGAAAAUAUCCACACCCUUUGAUAGUUACUUGGGUCAAAUGGCUUGUUUUACUGAGUGGGGUGGUAUGAAUGAAAUCUUAGCCAUGUCCCUCUUGUAUCAGAAAAACAUUGUUAUAUUUCAUGGACAAAAGUUGACUAAGGAAACUGUCAUUGAUCAUGGAUUUCAACAUACUCUAAAUCUCUGUUUCACUCCUCCCAAACAAUAUGAGAGUGUUUAUACUCAAGAACACACGUCAGAUGCAGGAUUUUGUCAAUCUCUUGUGUACCAAACACUGUAUAAAAAUGUCUUCAAAAUGACCAAUGUUGAUAUAACUGUUCAUAAAAUGUUACAUGAAAGAACAAAUCACUUGAGACAUGAUAAGUUUUUCUUGAAAGGAAAUAUGGAUAUUAGAAACCAAUUGACUAUGGAGCUAAUACAUAAACUUGAAGAUAAUGAAAAUGAUAGUGAAGAAACCCAGUUAUUGGCUAAAGGUAUUACACCAUUUCCUUAUAGAGUGGCAAAAGCUUUGGAUCCUAAUAUUUAUCGCAAUGUUGAUUAUGAUAUCUGGCAUGAAAUAAGGAAAGAGGUAAGAAAUUCAGGGUAUACUAAAUUCUACUCUAAUGAAUUACAAGCUGGAUCUAAAUGCUUGGUACAAUUGGACUCGAGAGAAGAUAGAGUUAACAACAACUUUUUGACUGGUAAAGAAAAUUGGGAUAACAACAAGGCACUAAUCAAGGGUAAACAAAAGGAGCCUCCUUUUUACACUGGCCAUAUACAAGUAAUGAGCAAAAAUGAAGGUCCAGUUGUCGUUUUCAUAGAGGAGUUGGGAAAAAAAAUGACUGUACCAUAUAAAUGUCUCAAAGCUUAUCCUAUGCAGAAAAAAAUUAGACAAAACCCUUUUCCUAUUGCCCCAAAUAAGAAAAAUAUGUCUUCUCAAAAUACAAAAUGGAAGAAACCUUACAAUAAUCAAACUCGUAAAGUCAAAGAAAUUAUGCCAAUUGACAACAAUGUGGAUAGAAAUCAAAUAAAUAAACCAGUUGCUAAAAAUACAAUGAAUAAAUCUGAAUGGAUUCCAGAAACAAGUUUGGAAAACCAACAAGUGAAAAUACAGUCUGAAACAUACCCACCUUACCCACCUCACCAACCUAACAAAGAAUAUAAUGUAGCUGGUGACAAUGUUAAAGUUGUUCUUGAGAAUACUCAUAUGACAUCUGUAGAAACUGCGGAGCGUGUAAUCAGUGAACAAGUAAAGAACAAACCUCCUGUCGUCAAUGGUGAUGCACACACCAAUCAAUUUAAGAAGCAACUUCCAAACAAUUACAACCAUGAUAUUAACCAGUCAAAUAAACAACACAAUCAGAGAGCAGAAAAGAAUGAGAUAUUUUAUCCUCCUUAUCAAAACGGUGGUUAUUCUGUUGGUCCUCGUUUUCCUAAUACUGAAUAUGUUAACUAUGAGGUAAAGAAUGUGGAAGCAGAAAAUGGAGAAGUGCCAAUUUCAGAUCCUGCUACAGUUCGUCAUUUCUAUAACUUGGGACUCAAGUAUUAUUGGACUCACAAUACUUAUGCUCCUCCUGGUAGCAGUGGUUCAGUAUUUGGUGAAAAUCCAUACUAUAUCUCACAGCCACCACCAGAUGUAAAUGUAGGCGCUAACAUGAUUAAUGGUCCCAUGCCACCAACUGAACACUUGAACCAAACUAGCAACACUAAUCAGUCGAAUAUCAAUUCCAGUCUUCCUAAUAAUAGCAAUAAUAAUAAUAAUAAUAAUAAUAAUAAUAACGGAAGACAUAAUUUCCGCUCCACAACUCCACGAUCAGAAGGCAACAAUGGUCCAAGACAAAAUGGACAAAAAUCAAACUAUCGACAAUCGAAUCAGCAAACUCAGUAUCAAUCUCAAAACGUCGACUUUAACAGGAAUAGAGUUGAUCAUAAGAAUUCAACUGUCAAUGACCAACAGCAACAACAGCAUAUGCAGAAUAAAGAUAUGCAGCGUGGAAAUAAGAACAACAUGGCUCCACGAUUCAAGAAAAAUUAUGAUGGCAGGAACCGAGGCGAACAUCAGUACCAGUACAAUCCCGACUAUCGCUACAACAAGAAUCGUCAGCAGUCACAGCAACAGCCACCAAUUGAGAACGCACUCGAGAUGAAUGAAGCGAACCAACAGAUGCAGCAGCAGCAGCAGCAGCAACAGCAGCAGCAGCAGCACUCGCAGCCACCGCCGCCGCCACCUACGAGUGUCAUGCAACAGCAGCAGCCACAGACACCGCCGCCAAUCAACGGGAAUUAUUCGUAUCCGCUCUACAAUCAGCAGGUGUCCUACGUACCUAUUGGACCUUAUCCCAUCGAUGCCGAAGCUUUUUCUGGUCAUUUUUAUCCGGCACCACCAACGAGUUUCGUUCCAAUGCCUUACCUACCACCCCAAGAAUUAGCUGAUGUUCCACCAGGAGGGCCACCACCACUCUACUCACCAAUAGAAGCUUUCCCACCGCAGUAUCCAGCUAUCUACUCGCCGCAAUUUGUCCCAUAUCAUUUGCCACCGCCAAUCUAUCCAAGUCCACCGCCAAGCUCGGCUCCAGCCGGUAUUCCCGAAGGUUGUUACCCUGCACCACCUUUCCCAGGUCAACCGUACUUCUUGCCGUACCCACCGCCGCCGAUGCCCGCUAAUAUGAUUCCAAGUCCUCAAAACUCACCUGCGCAUUGAGCCGACACACAAGUUUAUUAUCGUUGUUUUGAUGGGUUGUCGCGAUCUUACACACACGCACGUGUAUUAGAAAUGUUGAUCAACUUGUUGUUUAUUUUUUUGAGUUUAUGACGGGAUGUGGAUUUUUGCGACAACACUGAUUGAGCGUUAAUAGUAAUAUAUAAGUUCAUUUUUUUCGCUGUUAACAUUCGUCUACACUUGUCUUAUGAGCAAAGCUGUAAAGUUAAAAUUGAUUAGAUCAUUUAAGAUUUAUUGUUAGUAAAAAUUCAUAUAUCAUAUUAUAUUUCAGAUGGACUUUAUAUACAAUUUGUAACUUAAAUAUGAUGGACUUUGUACAAUGUUCGCGUUGUUUAUUAUAUAACUAUUAAAAUUUUUCACGAAAUUUAAAUUAGCAACAUUUAUAUUUUUGUACAACGUUCAAGCUUUUUCUAAUAAAUAUUUCUAAAUAA